CGCGGGACUCGAACCGCAGGCCUCGUGAUCCACAGUCCGGUGACACAUCCACUCGACCACAACACCUCUCGCAUAAUGUCUAGAAAUUUCUUAUCUCUGUUUUUCUUUUUCUCCUUUUAGGGGUCUGUUGAGUUAGUCUACCUGUAAGACUAUUACUAUGACCGAGUGGAACAAGAGAAAGCAAGUGGCCCAGGCUAAGAUAGAUGAAUCAGCCUCAGAUCUCAAUAACAUCAGCCAAGAGAUUUGGUCCCAUCCUGAACUGGGUUAUGAGGAACAUCAUGCUCACAAGAUUCUCACAGAUUAUCUGGAAAAGGAGGGAUUUGAGGUGACAAGAAAUUAUCACUUAGAGACAGCAUUCAAGGCUACAUAUGGAACUGAUGGUGGCAUCCAUGUUUGUGUGAUCUCUGAAUACGAUGCUCUUCCUGAAAUUGGCCACGCCUGUGGACACAACCUGAUCGCAGAGUGUGGAGCAGCCGCAGGUCUAGGGAUCAAAGCUGCAAUGGAGCUGGAUGGUACUCCCAUAGGAAGGGUGACGGUGCUUGGUACGCCGGCAGAGGAAGGGGCAGGAGGCAAGGUAGACCUGAUCAAAGCUGGGGCCUUCCAGGGGAUGGAUGUAGCUAUGAUGGCACAUCCUUAUGCUUACACAGUACCACAACCAGUAGCCUUAUCAAUGUUAGAAACAAAAAUUCACUUCACUGGUCUUGCUUCCCAUGCCUCUGCAGUUCCCUGGGAGGGAGUGAACGCCUUGGAUGCAGCUGUAAUGUGUUAUACUAGUAUCUCAGUCAUGAGACAACAGCUCAAACCAGAAUGGAGAGUUCAUGGUGUCUUUACUAAUGGCGGUGCCAGGCCUAACAUCAUUCCUGAAGAAGCGGAACUCUUGUACUACCUGAGAGCUCCUGACAGUAAGCAGCUAGACGUCCUCCAGGCAAAGGUCAAAGGUUGUGCCAAGGGUGCAGCUAUAGCAACAGGGUGUGAGUUAGAGUGUAAAAGUGGGUGCAACUAUGCCAACAUGAUUCACAACAAUGCCCUAUCAUUAUCCUUUGAGAGACAUGCAGAGAUCUUAGGAUUCAGCUACCCUUCCGAGAGGAGAGGGGAGAAGGGAGGUUCCACGGACAUGGGUAACGUCUCCUAUGUCCUUCCCAGCAUACACCCCAAGUUUGGCAUCCCUACAGAUUCAGGCACUCACACCCCUGGUUUCACCAAGUGGGCAGGUAUGCUUGAAGCACAAUCACCCACCCUGAUCCAAGCCAAGGCCAUAGCUAUGACUGGUAUAGAUGUGAUGGAUCCUAACACUAACUUGCUCAAGAGCGCCCAGGAGGAGUUUAAGAAGGCCGUCAGUGGCCUCACGUAGCAUAGCUUAUACAAGUGCAUUUUUAUACAGAGAAAAGAGUCGAUAUAUAUAUAUAUAUAUAUAUGCAACAGAUAAUAUAUUUUUGCUGUAACAUUCUUAUUGCAAUGAUUUUGAAAUGCUAUGUACAGAGAUGCUAUAUAUAUAUAUAUAUAUAUAUGGUUAAAAGGCCUCUCUCUACACGGGAGGCAAAUAUGUAUGACUUUUUAUGAAGAGUUUCAUGGAAGUGAGGAUGCCAUCCCAUCCCAAGACGUAGAUUGACAAUGUCUCUGGUAUUGCUACAUGUUCCGAUGAUGAUCUGAUCUCAGUUAUUUACCACUUUAAGAUAUUCCAGCCAGCACUCCAGUUCACGCACAGGAGACACCUUACGUCCUUUUGAUGCACAUACGUGUAGCUAUCUCACUUUCCAAUCCUUUCCUCCAGCUGUGUGGAGGAGAGCCAUCGAUCCCCUCUCUCAGGUUACUCCACUUUGGAGAUUAUGCUAUAUAAAGAAGGGCAUAUUUGUGGUCUGUCAGACUGAGAUGUUGUCAUUCUGCGUCCAUCGUGUAUACCCUAGCCAUAUCAUAGAGAUGCUGCCAAGAACACUGCUGACCGCCAUCACCCAAUAAGAGGCUUUAAAGCCCCACUGCACUACUAAUAGCUACUUGCACCCUCUAU